AUGCCUCUUCUCAACGUCAGCGAGUUGGACAUUGUUCUCGCGCCAGAGUUUGGAAUUACAUACCCGCGAUUGGUUGAGUUGGGAUUCCUUGUGCUGUUUCUCCAACGCCUUCCCGCAAUCCUGGUGCUGUACAAGCUCACGCCAAAAAGUGUGCAAGAACUGGAAGGAGGCCUUGUUCGUGAGAUAUUAUGGUCCAAUCGGAGUUGCCACGGUUUCUCUAUCUUGAACAUGCCCGCCACCUUUUCCCCAAGCUCGGAGAAGGGGAUACUGAAGAGACUAAUCUCACCCGUGCUCUUUCCCCUAUUGUUGGUCCUUUUUUUGAUUGUUUUCCACGGUCUCUCAAUUCCAAUUCAUAACAUCAUCUACAAGAUAGCAGGUAUCAAGCCGAUAGUGGAUAAGGCUGGCCAGGUCCUCGCGCGGUCCCACACGAGGGCCAAAGCAUCUGGGACCUAUCAAGCCCUCACGAUGGGCGAAGUAGAGACUGCUAAGGAGGAGAGCAUAUCGAGCUCCAGUCAGCUUUCUCGAGGUCAGAGCCUUGGUCACGGAAAACGAGCAUCCAUUUUGAGGAUAGCGGAAGCGAACAAGUGUGAUCGUAAUUAG